AUGUUUCAACGAACAGGAGAAGGGGCAAAGGCGAGACCCUGGCGCCUUAAAACCAGUGCUUGGGGUGGAUGGAGCUCCUCAGCCUUGGAAGGCUUAAGUGAAGUUAGAUGGAACACAUCUGGUAUAACAACAAUAAGCACAGGCCACACCAUCGUAUAUUCUGGAAAUCUAAACAUAAAUGAUCCACAUGAGAAAGGAGUUGGAUCCUUACUCAACAAAACAUCAAAGAAAGCACUGUUAGAGUGGAAUCCUGUUUCACAAAGAAUAGUUACAGCAAGAUUCGACACAAAAUUCCAGAAAACCAUCAUCAUACAAGUCUAUGCUCCAACUAAUGAGGCUGAAGAAUCUGAAAAAGAUGAUUUCUACAGUGCAUUGCAAGCCACAGUAGAUAAAACACCAAAGCGUGACAUCCUUAUCAUCAUGGGUGACCUAAAUGCAAAGGUAGGAUCAGAUAGAGUAGGGAGGGAGACAGAGAUUGGACCACAUGGAAUAGGAAAUAUGAACGAAAAUGGAGAGUUAUUUGCAGACUUCUGUGCAGUCAAUAAAUUAAUGAUAGGAGGAACAUUCUUCCCACACAAAACCUGCCACAAGACCACAUGGGUAUCACCAGCAGGAAAUGCAGAGAACCAAAUAGACCAAAUUGCUAUAUCACACAGAUGGAGAUCAUCACUGCAGGAUGUUAGAAACAAAAGAGGUGCCGAUGCUGCAUCAGACCAUCACUUACUAAUGGCUACCAUCAAACUAAAGCUGCUAUCAAAGAAAAAAAACAGAACCAAAGAGGAAAAAGUUUAA